AUGCGUACUGGUCUUGCUAUUAUCCUCUCAAUUGUGUCCUUCGUCCUCACGUCCGCUGUUAGAGCACAUUAUGUCCUUGCAGACUCAUAUGUCGGCCGCGAAUUCUUUGACAGCUGGACAUGGGAGACAAUGAACGACCCAACGAAUGGUCGCGUGAACUAUGUCUCGAAAGGCACCGCAAUGGGAUUGAACCUGUCAUUCGCGUCGGAUGAGAAGUUCAUCAUGCGUGCGGAUUACAGAAACGUGGUGCCAUCAUCUACACGCGGCAGGAGGAGUGUCCGUAUAACGUCGAACAAGGCCUACGGCGACUCUGUCACUGUACUUGAUCUCGAGCACAUGCCGGAGGGAUGUGCAACAUGGCCCGCAUUCUGGUCACUCAGUCAGAAAGGGCCAUGGCCUGCAGGAGGAGAGAUUGAUAUCGUCGAAGGUGUCAACCUCCAGACACAAAACCUGAUGUCGCUGCACACACUCCCUCAAUGUAUCAUGCCUCAGCAGCGAGCACAUCUCGGGACAGUGUCCUCGACGAACUGCGACGCCUCCGUGAAUUUCAACCAGGGUUGCGGCGUGAACGGUCCUCCAGGCUCGUACGGAGCGCCGCUCAACGCGGGACGCGGAGGCUGGUUUGUCAUGGCACGCAGCAAGGCUGAGGGUGUGCGCGUGUGGUUCUGGGCUCGUGGGGAUCCAAACGUCCCAACCGAGGUGAGCACUCAUCCGAUCGAGGGGAUCCUCGGUAUAGGCGCGACAGGCACACCAACGCUCUUCCCGGAUCCGACCUGGGGCCCGCCCACCGCACUGUUCCCGAUGGACUCCUCGUGCGAUUACGAGAAGCACUUUGACGAUCACCAGUUCGUGUUUGACUUGACCUUCUGUGGUGACUGGGCGGGGAACGCCUAUCCAAAUUCUGGGUGCCCCGGGUCUUGCACGGAUUACGUCGACAAUCACCCUGAAGCGUUCGAAAACGCCUUCUGGGAAGUUAACGCCGUGCGCGUGUACACACCUGUUGCCAGAUCGAACAAGCUUCUAUGA